AGUCACGUGAGUCUGGGGUCAAAGUUCGGGAAAGGGGGUUUUCCAUGCGUUGACUGGUGGUGGCGGCUGGGGGAAAGUUUAGUGGUCGUGUCAACGCGCGACAUCAUGGCCCAGCUCCACGUGACGAGGGUGAAGAGGGAGUUCAAGGAGAUAGUCACCAGCGAGGAGGCAAAGGAGUGUCUCAUCAAGGUGGAGGUAAUCGACCAAUCAGAUCUAACCAAACUGCGGGGCAUCGUUACUGGUCCUCCCGACACUCCGUUUGAAGGAGGGACGUUUGUAUUGGAUAUCAACAUACCAGAGAGUUAUCCAUUCAACCCUCCUAAGGUGAAGUUUGUGACAAAGAUAUGGCACCCCAACAUCAGCUCAGUGACUGGAGCCAUAUGUCUGGACAUCCUCAAAGACCAGUGGGCAGCGGCCAUGACACUCCGAACAGUUCUCCUCUCUAUACAAGCUCUCCUCCAGGCAGCCGAACCUGACGACCCUCAGGAUGCUGUGGUUGCCAGGCAGUACAAGGAGGAACCAGAUCUCUACAAAAAGACUGCCAGGCACUGGGCUCACGUGUAUGCAGGAGCUCCGUCAUCCUCCGAACUUGCCGACUUUGACUUGAAACUCGAACAACUCUUGAACAUGGGAAUUAGUGAGCCUGACGCCAGGACAGCUCUCUCCACCUACUCAUGGGACGUAGGGAGAGCAGUUGAGAGCAUCUUCAGCUAGCACAUCUCAUUAAUUAUUAGACACACAAUACAGACACACACACACACACACACACACAACCACUCACACCCACCCACCACUCAAUGAUAAUUGUACUACUGCUGUGGGCGGUAGAGAGUGUAUUAUGGUUACUCUGUGUUGUUUGUUCUAUUGUUGUAUGUGUAGACCAUGUAUAUACUGAUUGUGUCAUGGAAUUGUGUGUUUCUGAAGUUGACUUCUACCAUACGAAACAUCCGAGACUGCGAAGGACGCGUUGAGUUUGUAGAGAGGCUAUCGUUUUCCAUGGAGUCUUCACUUCGUGGGUGGUGUCUGUACUGGCAUGGUGGGUGGUUUCAGAGGUUUUUUUUUCUUAAGAUACCAUUUUUGGA